AAAGACAUAUAUAAUGUAAUUCACAAUAUGUGGGACCCACUGCAGGGACAGAUUAAGGAUCUAAAAAUAAAAAAAUUUUAUAUAAAUAUAUUUCUGAAAUCACUUCAAGUUACAGUAAUUUAUAUGCCUAUAUUAAUAUGCCUAUAUAAAUGACCCUGAGCUAUAGUUUGUCUAGUUAAGGGAUUGUGCCUACAAACUUAUUUUAGGUUUUACGUCGUCCAAAUUGAACUGAUCGAAAAGCGCUUUUGCACGCUUAAAGUACUCUCUGAAACACACCCGGCAGAUAUAAUCUUUUCAUUGAAAACGAAAAAAAUAUUUAAGUUAGAUGUUUACUAGUACAAUUCAUAGGUUAUAACAAAUUUCUAUGAUGCAUAUGAAAAAAAGGAAAUAUCUAUCCACUACAAAAUGUUCUAAGGAAUAACGUCCAAUCUUCAAAAAUAUAUUUAGAAGCUUUAGAAAACCACAGUUUCUUAUGAAAAAUUGCUAUUACUUUUCGCUAAAGUGUAGAUGAAACAGAGCAAUUUAGACGUCCAUAAUAGUUCACGUAUACUGCGCUAGUGGUGCCAGUGCUACAAUAGGCCACUGUGGCAGAGCUGGGAAAUCUUUCUUGGGCGCACUGGCGUUUUGCUCCUUCCACUUCUAACACAGAGACGCUUCUCAUACAGAGACGUUUCCAUCCGUGUGACUACGCGCGCUCGGCCGAACAGAAGCGCUCUGUGUGAGAAGUGGAAGGAGUAAAACGCCAUUGCGCCCGGGAAAGAUUCCCUAGCUCUGGCUACAAAACUUCUUAGCAGACAACAACAGUAAACGACAACAUACAACAAAUAAUCGGUUUCCAAGAGCAGUCAAGAACAGUUAGGACAUGAAAAAAAUAAUGCUCAUGCGGAGGUGAGCAGUGAAACCAAAAUGCAAAUCAACAUUCACGACUUUUGCAAGCGUAUUUUACUUGAACUGAAAGACGUCAUUUGGCAUUGUGUUGUGCAUUCGGGAAUCGCAACAUAUAGAAAAUAUCGAUCAACGACACUUUAUUAAUAGAGUGUGUGCGAGCGCAUUCCGAAAUAUACAAUGAAGGACAUGGAUACAAUAUACAAUAAAGGAUUCAAGAAUAUCGGAAUAAAAGAAUCCGCAUGGAAAAUUAUGGCCGAGAAAGUCAAUACAUCAGUCAAAGAUUGUACAGCCAGGUGGCAAACCCUUCGCGAGAGGUUCGCAAAGGAGAAGCGCAUUCUUGAGCAGGAGAGGAGGCAGCAGCCUCAACGUCCAGAAUGGCCCAUGUAUAAUUUUAUGUCAUUUCUGACACCUCACAUUAGAAAAAGGAAAUCUCUGGACAAUUUCCCACGGACGUCGAUGGUGUCUGUACCUACACCUUCACCAACGUUAUCAUCUACAGAUGAAGAGAUGUCGCUUCUAUCGUCAUUGAUCAAAUCCUCAGACAAUAUAGAAAUAUUAGAGGAUCAGAUUGUAGAUGAUGUUAGUGCUCCAUUUACUUGUUCUGUCCUCCCGUUACUUUCACCUGGAUCAUCAACAGUUGCAAGCGUGCUGUAUUUAGGACCUACAGGUCGAUGCAAGAAGUCAAAGAUGGACGAGACUGCUGAGAUGUUCAAAGAGACUCUUGCUAAUCUCAAUAAAUCUAUGGCUGCUCCUCCUAUAUCACCACUACCUUCAAUCGACAUUAAUGAUCCAGAUGCUUUGAUUAGUACGAAUGUUGAAAUUUGUCAAGAGUCUUACAAAUAUGGCACUGAAAUUGAAGUACAGGAGGAAAUUUAGAUCCAUCAUUCAAGAUUGCGAGCAGGAGGCUGAGAGUUUGAAAAUAUCGGAUUAAUUAUACGUUGAUAUUAGAUAAAUUAUUUAAAUUUGUUAUUUCGUCCAUCAUAUAUUUUAUUUAAAAAUAAAAACGUUCCAUUCAUGUUUUAUAUCUCGAUUUAUUUAAUUUCAAAACUAUCAUGUCAAUAAGCGUACAUCCUGAGAGGGGGUAAUUCCUUACUGGAUCUUUACAAUAAUAUCUUAAUGGCGCAUAGCCAUCACGUCCGUUCACGAAUUCUUUCAGUACAGAGCAGGUAGUUUCAGUCUAAGAGCAGUUAGUGUGAAGCCCGACAUCCAUAGGGUGCCGCGCUUUUCUUCCUUAGCCGUGAAGGCUAUACGCUACUUACUACCAUCUACUUCUACCGUUUGUUAACCACUGACAGGGGAAGGGCGAUGGAAAAAUCCAGCAGCGCCUGCGGGACGUGUUUGCAGGAUGAGCGGUUUAGCCAUGACGCGCGCGCCGCCCGCCCGUUGUGGCUGCAGCGCGCGCCCCAUGCCCACGGGGACCACGGGGAGGCCCGCUCAUUAGUGUCUGGCUCAGACACACGCUCUGAUCCUUUUGGAUGGGAGGGGAAGGGAAGAGGAGUGGGUAUUGGGUUUGGGUGAUGGAGGUGGGAA